AUGCCUCAGCACGAACGCGUCCCCUCCUCUUGGACUCUGCGUCCCGUUCUACACGAGGACAAUGAGACAAGUCCUUCUGUGCACCUCAAGUCUCAAGACCCAGAACUCCCGUUCAACUUUUCUUUCGAAGCUAUUCUCCCCAAUGUCUUUCGAACAACAUACAUCAGUGACAGUCACCCUCUGCCACCUCAUCCUAGCAUCCCAACACCCACCAAGGACUUGUCGGAUACUGAGAUAAACGUCCAAGCGGUGGAAGCGAGCAAGGAAGUUCGCAUCGGAGAAAUCAGCGCCAGAGUGGACUGGAGUGAUUCAUGCCCUCUCGUCAGCGUGUCUCUCGGGGGCUCAGAUGAGGCCCCCCUUCACCAAGAUCUGCCUCACCGAGCCUAUAUUGUCAAUGGCGGAGGAGUAGGGCAUUAUUCGCGAUAUCAUCGCGGUACUCUUCACGUCGGCCUUGGCGAAAAGGCCGCUCCCAUGAAUCUCUCUGGGCGGAGAUUCCAACUCUCUGCCACUGACAGCUUUGGCUACGACAACUACAAGACAGACCCGCUUUACAAGAACAUCCCGCUUCUCAUCAAUGCUACUCCUCGGGGCUGUGUUGCACUUUUCUCUACCAGUCAUGCCAGAGGCGAGUACUCAAUCGGAUCCGAGAUGGACGGCAUGUGGGGUCACUACAAGGUCCUUCGUCAAGACUAUGGAGGCUUGGAGGAGUACAUGAUUGUUGGGAAGACUCUCAAAGACAUCGUCACUACAUAUGCAAGGCUUGCCGGGUAUCCCUUGCUGGUUCCUCGCUGGGCUUUUGGAUACCUUUCUGGAGGCAUGAAGUAUUCCAUGCUUGACGACCCUCCAGCAUCCGAGGCGCUUCUGGAGCUUGCAAGAAAGAUGAAGGAGAACGACAUCCCUUGCUCCGCUUAUCAGAUGUCUUCUGGAUACACUGUCUCCGAGCAUCCUCCUAAGACUCGAAACGUCUUCACCUGGAAUCACCACCGCUUUCCGGAUCCCAAGGCCUUCAUCGAAGAAUACCACAAACUGGGAAUGAGACUCAUUGCCAAUGUCAAACCCUACGUUCUCGAGAACCAUCCCGAGUACCAGAAGCUGAAGGAUGCCGGUGCCUUGUUCACAGACCCGCAUACCAACCAGAGCGCCAUUGCUAGGCUAUGGAGCGCCGGAGGAGGUGAAAGCGGUCUUGGUGGCCACAUCGACUUUACUUCAGCGGCUGGCUUCAAGUGGUGGUACGAGGGAAUCAAGAAGCUACGCGAGGAGGGCAUCGACUGCAUGUGGAACGAUAACAAUGAAUAUGUCAUCGGCGACGAUGAGUGGAGAUGCGCUCUCAACGAGCCAUCUCUCACUGUUCCAGAAGCCGCAAAAUAUCGCCCAGAAAUUGGACUAUGGGGUCGAAGUCUCCAGACUGAACUUCAUGGCAAGUCUUCUCACGAUGCCUUGGUCGACGCGGAUCCAGACGCGAGGCCAUUCGUUCUCACACGCAGCGCCACAGCUGGAACCAUACGAUACGCGUGUAGUUCCUGGAGUGGUGACAACGUCACCAGUUGGUCAAGCAUGAAGGGCGCCAAUGCCUUGUCUUUAAAUGCAGGCAUGUCUCUCAUGCAAUGCUAUGGCCACGAUAUUGGGGGGUUCGAGGGACCCCAGCCAUCCCCUGAACUCCUCGUCCGUUGGGUUCAACAGGGCAUCUACUCACCUCGCUUCGCCAUCAACUGUUUCAAAACUGGCAACGACAACCAAGUCGGCGACGUCAUUGAACCUUGGAUGUAUCCCGAGAUCACGCACCUGGUUCGGAAGACUAUCAAGCGCCGCUAUGCCUUGAUGCCGUAUCUGUACUCUCUCAUGUUGGAAAGUCAUCAGCAUGCAAUCCCGCCACAGCGCUGGACUGGUUGGGGCUAUGAAGCCGAUCCAGAGGUUUGGACUGAGAAGAUUAUGGAUGGCGAGACGCAGUAUUGGCUCGGUGAUUCUCUUCUGAUCGGUGGUGUCUUUGAACCCGGUGCUUCCAAAGCACAAGUAUACCUCCCCAAGGCCUCUGCUAACGACGGCGGAUUCAUCAACCUCAACGCCCCUUAUCAACACCUUUCAGUCGGCCAGUGGGUUACAUUGGAUGCCGAGUGGCAUGGUGCCGGAAUCCCUGUCCUCGCAAAAGUCGGCUCAGCUAUCCAGAUUGGAAAAGACGUCCAAGUCCUAUCACCAGGUGAAACGACGAACCCUGCCCAACUACCGCUAGACGACUACCGAGCCGUCGAGAUCUUUCCACCAAAGGAUGGCCUUGGGGAUAAGUGGUACGACAACGCGUGGUAUGAGGACGAUGGCGUCUCGGCUAUGGCGAAGAACAGGAUAUCCAAGUAUGAGCUUUCUUAUGCGGCUGACAACGCAGAGGUCAAGGUCAAGUUUGUCAGGCAUGAGGAGUCUGGUUUCAAGGCGCCUUGGAAGAUGUUACAUGUGAUUCUGCCUCCUGGGGAUGGUCGAGUGGUGCGAUGUGUUGAUGGGACUGUCGCGAAGGAGUUGAAAAGGGAUGAACAAGGCCGGCGGCAUUUUCAGAUUGGCUAG